GAGCUCCUGACGGGAUAGCCGUCUGGUUAUAAGCGGGAGGAGGAGGCGGGGCGGCGCGACCUCCUUUUCGUGGGUGCCGCCAUCUUGUCGGCCAGCGCGACCGCCUCCUCUGUCCUUUACCCCUCCCACGUUUGCCUCAGUCCGUCCGGGCUGCUCCCGAGAGAGGGAGCCGGGGAAAGGCUCUUGCGGUUAACAACGGCGGUUUUCAGCGCGUAGCUUGAAUGGAGUGAAAGGUGGGGGAGCGCCCAGGUCGGGAGGAAAAAAAGUCCAACCCGGGAAAGCGAUGGUGAAUGAACGGGACAAAAUUGAGAUGUAAAGAUAGUGAACCUGGCAACUUCAAAUAUAUCUUCAUUUGGGCUAAAUUGUCCUCCUGUCUGUCUAGUUGAUAUGAAAUGAAUGCCGGCAAUAGAUUAUUGCCAAAUGAUCAUUCAGCUCAGAUGAGAAGGAGCAAGAUAUAAAAUGGAAAGAGGAUGUGGUUUACGAAGAAUUGAUGCCUGAAGCAACCCUCAUGAAUUUCAACCACAGCAAUUCAGAGAGCAUCACUGAUGUUUGCCCUAAUGAGGACCUUCCUGAAGUAGAGCUAGUGAGCAUGCUAGAAGAACAGCUGCCUCAGUACAAACUACAUGUGGAUUCUUUAUAUCUUCCUGUAAAUGAUGACUGGAUACAGUCAAGAAGUUCUCACGGUCAUGGUCCUGAAACUUCUUCUCCUGUUCUUGCUGAGGAGGCACUCCAUUAUAUGAUUGCUGGCACAGAUAGAGGAGACCAUGUACCCAAAAAUUGCAAUGAUAUUGAAGUAAUCACUCAUCUGUUGACUGAGAAAGAUCGAGAUCUAGAAUUAGCAGCACGGAUUGGACAAGCCCUUCUUAGACGAAACCAUAUCCUAACUGAGCAAAAUGACGUUCUGGAAGAUCAGUUGGGUCAAGCCUUUGACAAAAUUCACCAGCUACAGCAUGAACUGACAAAAAAAGAUGAACUGCUUCGUGUGGUAUCCACCGCUUCUGAAGAAAGUGAGACUGAUUCUAGCUGUUCCACGCCACUUCGCUUCAAUGAGUCCUUCAACUUAUCACAAGGUUUCUUACAGUUGGAUAUCUUACAAGAUAAACUCAGGGAAUUGGAAGAGGAAAACCUAUUACUUCGAACAAAGGCAUGUCAUUUAAAGACUGAAACUAUGACAUACGAAGAUAAGGAGCAUCAGCUAGUCACUGACUGUGUUAAAGAAAUAAAGGAAACAAAUGCUGAGAUUGCAAGAAUGAGGGAAGAAUUGAUGAGGAAAGAUGAAGAGCUGAUUAACUACCAGGAGGAAAUCUCAUCCCUUUUAUCUCAGAUUGUUGAUCUUCAGCAUAAGAUCAAAGAGCAUGUAAUUGAAAAAGAAGAAUUGAAGCUACAUCUACAAGCUUCUAAAGAUGCCCAGAAACAGCUGACAGCAGAGCUGCAUGAGGUCCAAGAGCGGAAUGUGGAAUGUUUGGGGAUGCUGCAGGAGUCCCAAGAAGAAGUGAAAGCGUUGCGCAGUACCAGCCAAGCAGCCCUUCUCUGUCGACCGCAGUUGUGCGGAGCAUUUCCUGUGGAAUCUCUGGCAGCAGAAAUUGAGGACAUGCGGAAAGGGAUAAGUUUGGAUGAGGAAUCACUGGGUAAACAAAAAACAUGGAAACUCCAGAAGCUGAGCCAUCCAGGUAUCCCUGCAGACGAUGAUGUAGCCACUGCUUUGCAUAAACUUAAUCUCCGUUGUCAGAAUUACCUGGGUGAAAAAUGGUUUUUCGAAGAAGAAUUGAAGCGGGAGAUGCGUUCGCUGGCUGACCAAAAGGAAGAUCUCGUUGUCUGCAGCACACCAGUAAACAAUUCCCUUUCUUUGAAUAGCAGUUCAGAACGUUUUGAUUUCUCUGGAUCUUCUAGCAGCAUGUGGUCUCUUCUCCCAGAGAAAUUGCAAAUCGUCAAACCCCUUGAAGGCUCCCAGACCCUGUUUCAUUGGCAACAGCUGGCUCAGCCCAACCUAGGUACUAUUCUUGACUCUCGCCCUGGUGUCGUCACAAAAGAUUUUGCACCACUGUCUCAGGAGGAUGUUUAUUACCUUUCUGAUCUGGAAGAAGAUGAAGAAAGGGAUGAAGGCAUCACCUUCCAGGUCUCUUCACAGGAGGAAAGUAAACAGGCAGUGCCAAAGUCAGUGCCAGGGAUUUUCCUCCCACCUGUUAAAUUAGCGGCAGUCCCCCAUACAGCUUCCAAUCCAGGGAAAUGUCUUUCUUCUACAAACUCUACAUUUACUUUUACUACCUGUAGAAUACUUCACCCAUCUGAUAUAACGCAGGUUACACCCAGUACUUUGUAUUCUCCCUUGUGCUCCGGAAGUUGUAGCAGUACAGGCAGUGUAAUUACCAGCUCUCCACCCAUGUUGUAUAAGCUUAGUACUGGAGAAUUCCUUACAAGCAGAAGAGAUUCAACCACCACUUUCAGUAGCACUAGAAGUUUAGCAAAAGUUUUGCAAGAACAAGGCAUCUCAGCCACGGUUUACAACACUCCGGUCCAACUUGAAGCCCCCCUGCUUCCUCAUCCCAAGAUGCCUGCUGUGCCCUCAACCCCUCCAAAUUCUCCUUUGCAUUCCCCUUGUUCUUCCCCUCAGCCUUUUGAGUCUCGAGCAUGUGUGUCUGAAAAUUUUUUGGCCUCUCGGCCAGCUGAAACAUUAUUACAUGAGCUGUACGGACAAAAACUCUCGAAUCCUGAUGCAGGACAGCUGAAGAUGAAUCUCGUAGAGAGGCUAAAGAAACUGGGGAUUGCUAGAGCUGUCAAACAGCCUGAGGCAGGGGUUAGAAAGAGUCAGAGGGAAAGUAGCUGUCUCCAAAGACAAAGCUCAGGAGUGUAUGUUAGUGCAGGCAGCAAUUUGAUGGGGGGCUUGAGAAGGAACCACAGUCUUCCAGUCUUGAUUGGGGCACUUGCAGGCCCAGUUAGCACAUCCUCCACAACAAUGGAGGUCUUGAAAGAGGAUUGAGCUAUUUAGCAUCAGACACUCUUAGUUGGGGAACCAAUGCUUCGAAAUGGAAAGAUAGUAAAAAUGGUUGCAUUAAAUAUAAGGUUGUUUGAAUAACAAAGGCAUGUGGCUAAAUGGGAUAUGGGAGGGUCAGUAUCAGAAAUUUUAAAAGUUAAGAAAAGAAGAAAAUCGAGGAAAUAACAUUCAAUCGCCUUGAGACAAUUGAAAACACAUUGUCAUGAUUAAAUAAUGCAAACAAAUACAUUUUCUACCAUUUGAUAUUAAAAGAACAAGCAAAUGUCUAUGCAACUUUAUUUUAGAAUAUGUUUUAUUGGAUGUCAUCCAAGAGAUCUGUAUGCAUAAAUAGACCAUCUCAAAUUAUACACGAUUGUAAGGAAGGGCAUUCUUCAAAUAACAGGUGCAAUCUGUUUAUAGAGAUGAAAUCCGAUUCAUUCUAAUGUAGAAAGAUCAGGUGAAAUAUUCUUUUAUUAAGCAAUCUCACACAUUAGGAGAAAUCUAGGAGUGUUUUUGCACAAACAAAAAACCUCAGCAUUUUAAAAAGUUUUAUGUGCUUUGUGGAGGUUCUAUAUACAUUUGGGAGGAUAUAUUUGGCAAGCAAGCAUUUAUUACCUUAUACGUAGCAAUAUUUGGAAGAUGUUUAGCAUAUUAAUGUUGGAAUAAUCUUGGAGAAAAUUCCAUACAUUUGAAACACAAUCAGUAAUUAAUAAAAAUAAUCUCUUUAAAGUACAUUAUAAAAAUAACAACUUUCUGAUUCUCGGGAAGCUAAGGCACAGCUUUCAGGGAGAAAUCUCGCAAUAUUUACAAAAUAAUAGGCACAAUUGUAUUAAUGUGAAACAGAAUUACAGCUAUUCUAGCUGCAGUAGACAAAGAAUUUCCAUUCAUAAUUAAGUGUAAGACAGAUUCCAAGCUUAAAAGUUUCCGAAGCAAUUUUGGGAUGGCAGAAUUUCGUGUUUCACAAAAUGAGCACAGUGGGAUAGUUGUGAAUGUGAAACAAAUGGGAAGGAGAAAAAGCACAAGGGGGCACAGUUUUUUCUUCUAUACUUGGAUAACGGAAGGAAGGGAUUCUUAAAAUACACACAUCUCACUUACUCAGUUAAUUGCUAAUCAAAAACACUUGCAAAGAGUGUCAUGACUAAACUAAGCUGCUUGAUUUAUAGUUACGAUGAACAAAUAUAGCCCUCUCGCCAUAGAUCAAGCAGGAGAGGAAUAAGAUAAAAGCUGAAUGGUUUGAAAAUUAAACACCAAAAAUGAUUAUAUUAUUUACCUGUGGGUUUUAUAAGGCUAUUCUCCAUAUUAAAGACAUCAUAGGGUGCAUUCAGAAAUACUAACUGGGCUGGAGGUAAACCAUCCAGGUAGCUUUAUAUAUCAAUGAAUCAAAAGUAAGGGCUUUCCCCCCCCUUGAAUAGGCAUUCUAGGUGAAGAUUUAGAAGGAUUCCUUUAAACAAAUGUUUUCAACGUUGCAAACAGCCAUGCAAAGUAGCUUAUCAAUUCAGUCUCAGUAUCAAUCAUUGUGCUUGGCACCAUUGGUUGCAGCUAAUAAAUUGUAAAUGGUGCUUGUAAAUAGUAAAAAAUGUAUUUAUUUAAGCUUCUAUAUACGGGUUAAUUCUAUUUAAAUUAUAAGUAUAUUUUAAUUUUUUUUUAAGCUUGUAAAAUGCAAUUCCUUUGUGAUGUUUAAAAACUUGCUUUCCUUGGCAAGACAAAUAAAAGGGAAUAUUUAAGUAAGGUUCCAAAGCAGCCUGCCAUACUUUUAUAUAAACCGAGAAAAACCUGGGUAAUGAAACAGAAGCAUUCGAGAUAAUCCGCAGUAACUACAGGGAACCAAGCACAAUAUUUCAACUACUGUGGAUUUGAUGCAUGUUUUAUAUACUAUGUAAAUUCUUUUUAGAUCAUAGUAAUUUCGAAUGGCCAUUCCUAAUUGGAUUCAUAUCUUUGUCUUUUUAAAUUAUUUCUGUUGGAAUGGUUCAAAAGAAAGAUUUAAUAAGGUUUUCUUCUGUCGCUGAUAACAAGAAAGACCUUGUAAAUCAGACUCCUUUCUUUUGAACCAUAUCCUAUAAGUCUUGUAAAACUAUUCAGUAAAUAUAGGUUUAUUUGAAAAGGUUUUUUCCCCCCCAGUUUUUCCAAAUAUGAAUUAUCUAAGAUGUCAUAUUCUGAUUUUUUUUUUACUUGGCCUGGCUUACAUUUUUUAUCUUCGGUAUUAAUAAUGAGCGUGUAACCGGUAGCAGAAAAAUCAAAAUUUACUUCCCUCCAAAGUUAAAAUGCUAAUUACAUAGCAUGCCUACAGACCCUCCUCUCAAAAGAAUUAGCUGAGAGCUAGAGGAGCAGUAUUUUUGUGCCAAAGCUCUUUUUAAAAAAUGGCCUUGGAAAUAGAAAACAGAUAAAGAAAUAACAAUCAGAACAGUUACCAGAAAUACAUUACGAUGAACUAUCCCAGAUAGCUGCUGUUAUAAUGAAUGACCCAUCUUGCAGGAUUGAUAAAGCUAACAAUAACAACCCUAUAAAAUCCUUAGAAGAAUUAUCAUGAUCACUUUCAUAUGUACUUUGAUACCAUAUUUGAGUGCCAAUUUUUCAUAAAGAAAUAGAUGCGCAUGUGAUUUAAAACCAUAUUGUUAAAUAUUUCAUUAUUAUCUGAACUCUUUAUAUGUUUCAUAACAAUAUGUAUGCUUCAGUCUGCUUGAAUGAAAAGAAUGCUUUUUAAAAAAAACAAAUGUAUCUAUUUUAAUAUGCAAAUGUAGAUGUCAUUUUUUUUCUGCAGGCAAAACCUGAAAUGAAUUUCAUUUGAGAUAUUAUGUCAACUGUAAUUCAACAUACAAUAAAGGAUAUUUCUUUUUGGCUUUCCCCUUAGAAUAUGCAUUUCUGAAGUUAUAAUCUGUGACAGGUUGUUUUUGCAUAUUAUAGUCAAAUUGAAGCUGGAUAAUAAAACCCAUCUUUUUGCACA